AUUUGGCAAGCGGGGUAAUAGCCCAUAUAAUCUACCUCCAUUCCCUCCUCAUCCUACCUCCAUCUACCUCCAUCCUACCUCCAUCCUACCUCCAUCCUUACUUCAUCCUGCUGCAACCUCAAACACGAUGGUGCGGGUAUCAAACAAGCGACGGCCUCCCCGCAGACCAAUAACCCAUGAGGAUGCGUGGAAGAAAAUCGAAGACGUUGGAAGUACCCUUAUCAACAAGAAAUGCUUAAGGCACACCAAAGAUAAGCGUGCCAUUGACUUGUCACUAUCAGAGGUACCUAGAUCUGAUAAGGAUCGAAGGUUCCAGAAUUUUAUCAAUACUGUGCGGCUGAGAUGCCGCCCUAAUAGUGCAACUGGUGUUCUUCUAUGCUCGACCGCUCUCGGCAAAGAUAAUAUGGCCAGUAUGAACAAGUACCACCGCGAAGAACUUUUCAAUAAGCUUGAAAGGGAACGUAACGGGCCACUAUUGAACUCUCCAGUUUUGAAAGAAAUUUCUAGGCUCCACCAAAUCCCCGAUAUGCAGAUUGAGACAGAUCAGCCGCCUCUUCCCGAACAUAACAAUCAUUCGAAUAUUGAUGGGGCAACUUUUGAGCACGCUUCCCUAGAAGGGAUCGCUACUGUUUUUACUGAGGACCUAUGCAGUAUAAUUUUAAGAGUCCCAUGCCAGAUUGAUGGAGAGACUAUCUGGAAAGCUGCCGUGACGACAGCCUUCCCGCUUUGGGGGGGCCUGGUCAAUUGUCUAAUGAGUCUUGACAUAUGUAUGCCGGGGAUAGAUUAUCUUGCUAUGGCAUUAUUUGAUGCAAGAAUCACUCCAGCCGAACCACUUCGACAUAUCUCUUUUGGUGACGGGCCGACAUUGGUUGUGCCAAACUCUGAAUCAACCAUGAAAGGUGUCAAGGAGGGGGCCAUUAUUAAGGUCUUCGGUGCUGAAAUACACGAGGCAAUUAGGGAUAGCCCUGUGCGGAAAAAGGAGUUAGGAGAAGGGAAACAACUAACAGAAUGUGUAUCAAUGAUCAUCACAAGGCAAGGUGCAAUUAUAAAUUUAUCCUUAGAUCUGAAUCGUGGUGUUGAAAUCAGCCGCAAGCUAUAUGCCUAAAUCUUCUAACUCAUCCACCCGGACUUUUCCUUGAGUAAUGUAUAGUUUAACACCGUUUCGUACCUCCAUUUGGCCGUCAGGGUAAUCUUCAAGAUGUGUAAUUUGUUCGAUCCCCUCGCUAUCCGUUUCAUAUACGGUAACAUUGCAUCCCUUCCAGAAAACCAUUUGGACCAUUUGAUUUUUACCAACAAUCAUCGUAACACGGUUCUUGUUUCCAUUGUUGAAAACCACAGAAGGAUCGAGAGGCUCUACUUUAAAAGCCUGGUAAAUGUUAAAACAUGUAUGUAGUAGAUCUAGUGGCAUUAGC